AUGUCGGAAGCGACAGGAGGUGAGGGACACGGCUCAGCGUGGCUGGAGAGCAUAAAACUCGAAAACUUUAUGAGCCACCGCAUUUUUGAAAUGAUGUUCAAUCGCUACAUCACUGUCGUCACCGGCUUGAAUGGCAGCGGGAAAAGCGCGAUUCUGGCUGCGCUCAUGGUUGUUUUUGGCAGCCGUUCAAAAGAUACAGGAAGAGGAGUGAAUGUGGCCAAUCUGAUCAAGGAAGGUGAGUCUGUCGCUUACAUUACGGCUACAAUUCGUCUCCCGGCAGGACCUGCUAAUGGGCUCUACGCUCAGCGCUACGGUGAUCGCGUCACAAUUAUCCGGAGAAUAACGAAAAGUGCUCGCACAACGCAGUUCAAAGAUUCUGAAGGGCACAGUGUUUCUAUAAAGGAGCCCUCCAAGGAGCUUGACGCAAUUGCAAGAUAUUGCGGAUUCUUUCCAUCGAACCCUCUGGUUGUCCUCACCCAAGAAGCUGCCAAACAGUUCCUCACUACAUCUUCCACAAAAGACAAGUACAAAAGGGUUCAGGAUGCAUUGAGAAUUGCAGGAACUCAAAAGGCUAUCGAGUCUAUUUCUGAGCGAAUUCACCAUCAACAAGAAAAACAGCUAGAGAAUCAGAACAUCAUCAAGCACCUAGAAGCUGGCGUUGUUAAACUGCAGCAGGAUCUAUCUUCAGCCGAAUCAAUUGGCUCGGAAAUCAAAGAGCUUCAACAGAUAGUGGCGUGGCGAAAAGUUAAAAAUGCAGCCGACGCUUUGAAUACAGCCAAACGCGAGCUAGUGGAUUUAGGAAGUGGACCUGCAAGUACAACUGAAAGCAUCAGCGAUUCUUAUGAGAAGGCGCUGGUUAUCAGCAGCAAUUCGAUCAAUGAAUGCACCGAGAGAAUCGAGUCUCUUCGCAGCCGAAUAAGCGAGCAUAGUGCGCGAGAACAGCACGAGUCUGCCCAGAUGUCGGCAAAGCAGGAGGAACUUGAUUCAUCGCUACCAGAGCUAAACAGUGCUAUGUCGACGCUGAAUCAAUGGAAAGCAGAGCUCAAAGAGCUCACUGUUGAAGCAAGUGUUGAGCACCGCAACGCCGAGAUCGCAUCUAUAUCUUCCAAACUAGAAGAGUUGGAAGCUCGUAAAACUCGCGAAGAGUCACAGAUACGUGAACUUGAAGAUUCACUGCCUGAUAUGGAGGCUGCUCAAGAUGGACUUUUAGCUGAGUUUCAGCAGGCCAAAGACGCAAAAGACUCUUCUGACAAACUGUUGCAAGAAGCAGAGUCAGAACUCAAACAAUUAAGAAGAGAAAAUGAAACACGAAGAGCUUCGGAGAACAACUCAAUAAUCGGAGAGAUUAUUCGUAACGAACCCGCAUGGCGAGCUGCAAAUUCCAAGCGGCGUCCGGUAGGUCCCUUGGGUGAGUAUGUUCAGGUCACUGAUCCAAAAUGGGAACCUGUACUAGCGAGUUUGCUGUCCAAAACUAAUGGGGCCUAUUGGGUUACAACUAGUGAAGACGCGAUAAAGCUUCAGCGCCACAUCAAACAGAAAAAUCUUCGAGCAACGGUUCACACUCGUAAACCAGAAGUUUUCGAUAUCGAAGCAGGCUCCCUGAAACCUGAAAAGGGACGUUUCACACGUGCCCUUGAUCUCCUGAAGUUUGAAAACGAGCAAGUCAAAUGCUUAUACUCCGACCUGGAUGCCAUUGAGCAAAUAGCCUUAUGCGACUCUAUCGAUGAAGGUAUUAGUUUGAUGAGGGCAGGUAAUCGCCCCAAAAAUCUCCGUACGGUUAUUUGUACUGAGCUCAGAAAUGGAAAUCGUGUUUCGCGGAAGAUUUCCAUUCAAAACCAAAGAGAGCUGUCUGAGCCGUUUUUUUUGCAAAAUAGAGCCAGCAGUAUGAGGUCCAAUCUUUCUGGACAAGUCGCUCAAGCCGAAGAAGAUUAUAGACACUUGGCAGAGGAAAACAAGCAAUAUGCGCGGGAAUUGAAGGAUUUGCAUAACCAGGUUCGAAGUUCGCAAGCCGACAUUGACGAGAUCAAAAGAGAUCGGAUUCCGCAACUCCAUGCUGACCUCAAUACAAUAAACCAAACUGUGGGAGAACUUCGGGAUCGCUUGGAGACUCUUGAGAAUACCCAGCCCAUGGAGGAGUUCCGAAUCGAUGACCUCAGAGCUCGCAUUGAGCAGCAGGAAAGACAAAUCGCAGCAGGCAAUAAAUGGCAAGAAAGUCUGCAAGUCGAGCUGCGAGCUCUAUGGGAAAAGGCAGCUGUCUCAAAGAGAAAACACAAGGACGCAGAAGCAUCUUUACAUUCCGCGAGAAGUGAGUUAUCCAACUUGCAUCUGGAACGGGAUCGCAUUCUCCAGAAGCAAGAUUCAGAGCUUCGACGCAACGCAACAGAGGUUCAAAUUUACCAAACUAGGCAUGAGGAGCUGUCAAAUAAUGUUCAUGAGCUGGACAGCCAGUUGGCAAAGUGUCAAGAGUCUGCAUCCCUAAAAGGUGGACAGUUGUCUAUGGCAGAUGAAAACCUGAACCACUCCAUUCCAGAACUAGAAGCGAUGGUGCAGGAACUUGUUAAGCGAAAGGAGAGGAUGGAAAGGCGUGAAGUGGAUGUCAAUGAACUUCACGCAAAAUAUACAAAUAUGAAAAGGACGCUCGACGAUGCCCGCAAUGUUCAAGCCGAGAUUUCAGAAGAACUCAGCAUUUUAAGGACUGCUUUACAAAAUCGCACCGAAAACCUUGAAAACGAGUGGCGAUAUUUGAAAAAGCAAAGUUCAAAAACGUUCUCAAAACUCAUGAAGAAAAUGAAUUUUCAAGGCUCAUUAGAUUAUGAUGAUGAAAAGGGAACUCUCAGUACUUCAGUGUACCCAGCCUCUAAUCGCGUUCAGCGAACUGGAACGCUUUCGGGUGGUGAGAGAUCUUUCACCCAACUAGCACUUAUUGUUUCUAUUUGGAGAUCUAUGCCUGUCAACUUAGUUGCUAUGGACGAGUACGACGUUUAUAUGGACCGUCAAACUCGUCGUCGAGCUCUUGUUCUGAUGCUAGACUGUCUCCGCGAACAGAACCAGCAAUGUGUCUUAAUCACACCUCUUGAGCUUGACGUCGCAACCUUGGAUGAGCUCGGAGACAAAAUCAGCAUAUUCAGACUUGAGAAUCCUCGAGCCUAA